AUGUCGGGCGGGUGCAAAGACCAGGAGAUUGGUCUCUUGCUCACCGGGCUGAGGAUGAAAGGCGAAACGGUCGAAGAAAUCGCCGGGGCCGCUCAGGUUCUGCGGCGCCACAUGACCCCGCUGAAAACCUCGCGAACCGGCCUGCUCGAUACCUGCGGAACCGGCGGAGACGGCAAGGGCACCUUCAACGUCAGCACCGCCGCCGCCCUGGUCACGGCAGCCGCCGGAGUGCCCGUCGCCAAGCAUGGCAACCGCAGCGCAAGCGGAAGCACCGGCUCCUCGGAAGUUCUGACGGAACUCGGGGUGAACGUCGAAGCCGAACUCCCCGUGGUCGAGGCCUGCCUGGACGAGUUGGGCAUCUGCUUCUGCUAUGCCCCGUUGUUUCACCCCUCGAUGAAGCACGUGGCCAACGUGCGAAAACUGCUGGGCUUCCCAACCAUCUUCAACCUGCUCGGUCCACUUUCGAAUCCAGCCGGGGCGGAGUUUCAUUUGCUGGGGGUCGGGUUCAGCGAGUAUCGCACCCUGAUGGCCGAAGCCCUGGCCAUUCUUGGUACUACGCGAGCCACGCUUGUCUGCGGUGAAGACGGACUGGACGAAGUGACUAUCUCGGGUCGCACACUCGUCAGCCACUUGGGCGAAGGUCCUCCAGAGGAGUUGCACUGGGACCCUUACGAUUUUGGAAUGGAGAAAUCGAGCCUCGACCCUUUGCUGGUCGAUGGCCCCCAGGCCAGCGCCCAGAUGAUUCGUAGCGUUCUCGCCGGCGAAGCCUCACCUGCUAGAGACAUUGUGGUGAUGAACGCGGCAGCCGCCCUGUGGACCACGGGCUUCUCCGACGACUUGAAGGCUUGCGCCGCCCGGGCCGCCGAGGCGAUCGACAGCAAGUCUGCCGAACAACUCUUGGAACGGUUGGCCGAGCGAAUGCACGUCUACGAGCUUGCGCUGCCUUCGACGGAACAGUCGAUCGCCCAAGCGUUCGAUGUGACGGAGAAAACCACCGGACUGCUGGGCAAUGUUUGGCGGUUACCCUUCGGGCUGGGCGCCCUGGCCGCCGGAUGGUUGGCCGACCGGUUUGGAUCGAAGCCGCUGCUGAUUGUAUUUUUGGUCGGCUGUGGCGUUACGUCGAUCAUCACUUGGGCGGCGACCGAUCUCACGAUGCUGUUCAUCACCAUGUUCGCGAUGGGAUGUUUCGCCAGCAUCUAUCACCCGGCAGGGUUGGCGAUCAUUUCCAGAGCCACUCCGCCCGAUCAGCGUCCCUGGGCGUUGGGCAUCCACGGUGUGUUUGGCUCGAUCGGCAUCGCGGCAUCACCCGCGUUGAUCGGGGUGGCCUUGGAUCAAGGCGCCACCUGGCGCGAUUGCUACUUGUGGCUCAGCGUACCGGGCCUGGUGCUGGCAGCCGUGUUGUACAAGUGGUUGAUCGAAGAAAGAGCCCCGGCUGAAAAACCCGGCCCCAGCGAUGUGAAGAUUUACGAAGCCGAAGACACGUUGCACUGGGUUCCGUUUCUUAUCUUGGUCACCUCCGGGGCAUUGACCGGAUUUGUGUAUGCCGGCGUGCUGCAAUUCUUGCCCCGCUAUCUCAGCGAGGCCUGGACAUCGCUGUCGCCCUCCGGUUCCGCUCCGCCAGAGGCCGUCGGGGCGUGGCUAGCCGGCGCUGUACUGUUAGUCGGCGUGAUCGGUCAAUUACUGGCCGGGUGGUUCGCCCGCGGAAGAUCGCUGGAGCGCAUGCUGGCAGUAGUGCUGGCAGCCAACGUUCCGUUCCUUUACUGGAUGUCGAACUCCAGCGGAUGGGGCAGCAUCAUCUCGGCCGGCCUGCUAUCACUGGUGCUGUUCAUGCAUCAGCCGGUCUAUAACAGCCUGGUGGCCAAGUACAUUCCGCACGAUCGUCGCAGCGUGGGAUACGGCUUCAGCAACGUGCUGACCUUCGGCUUUGGCAGCUUCGGGGCCGGGUCGAUGGGCUUUCUGCUCGAACGAUAUGGCAACGGCGGGGCUUAUCUCACCUUGGCCCUGUUUGCCGCCACGGGCACCAUUUUGGCAGCGGCACUCGUUCUGCCACCGCAGAUAGAAUCCCGCCUCUGGUUGCGACCUUUCAUCUCCGGGUGCCGGGGCGCAAGACGGAACGACUCGAUCGACGCGCAGCCCCUCAAGGACGAGUGGAUGUCCUCGCGACGCAGCCAAAAGAACCCGCGCGCAGCGAACCGACGCGCGCUGUUAUCGGUACCCAUCGAAUAUCUGACGCGGUGGGUGCUGCAAUCGCCGCACUUCGUGUUGGCGCUGGCCGCCGUGAUCAGCGUGUUCUCCGUCUAUCUGUCGAUGACUCGGUUGGGCUAUCGCACCAGCCGCCAAGACUUGCUGAACCCCAACAGCGAGUACAGCCAACUCUGGCUGGAAUACAUCCGCGAGUUUGGCGACGACGAUGACGCCGUGGUGGUGGUCGAAGGCCCCAGCCGCGAAGUUCUGGUUCCAGUGCUCGAAGAGCUAACCGAUGUGCUGGACAAGCACGACCAGCUUUUCCACUCGGUGCUGCACGAAGUCGACCUGGAAAAGAUUCGCGCCAAGGGCCUGCACUAUCUCGAGCCCGAGCAACUGGCCGGGGUUGAGCAAUUCCUGCACGAGUUGCAACCGGUGCUCGGCGGCGAUUGGUCGCGAUUGAACCUGGGCAAUAUGACGGCCGACCUGUGUGUGCGGCUUCGGGCCGUGUCGCAACAGCCGAACUCUCCGCAUGCGGCCGCAAUCACGGCCGAUGCUCGCCGACUUUCCGAGAGCAUCUUAGGGGCGCUUGCGCAAUCGCAGACCUACCGCUCACCCUGGCACUCGAUGCCGCAGUCGUUGUCGGUGCUGAGCAACAUGCGAACCAACUAUCUGCUGAUGAACGAGGGCCAACUCGGCAUCGUGCUACUACGUCUGGCCGACGACACCCACGAUAGUUUUGUGCCCGGCACCGAAGCGGUCGAUGCCCUUCGCGAUUUGCUGUCGCAGAUGGAAGCCCGCCACCCCGACGUCUCCAUCGGGCUUACCGGAUUGCCGGUGAUGGAAAACGACGAGAUGCGUUCCGGGCAGACCUCAAUGACCUGGGCCAGCAUCCUCUCGCUAAUUGGCGUUUCCUGCCUGUUCGUAGCCGGGUUCGGCGGUAUUCGACAUGCCUUGCUGGCCAGCUUUGUGUUGCUGGUGGCGAUGGUGUGGUCGUUUGGCUACGUCACGCUUUCGGUCGGUCACCUGAACAUCAUCAGCGUAGCCUUCACCGUCACCCUGAUCGGCAUCGGGAUCGACUACGGCAUUCACUACAUCGCCCGCUACAUGCAGCUUCGUGGCGAAGCACGUAACUGCGAUGAGGCGAUCAUCUGCGCUGCGUCGGCGAUCGGUCCGGCGAUUGUCACGGGUGCCGUGACGACUUCGAUUGCGUUCUUCGCCGCGAGCCUGACGAAGUUCACUGGCGUUGCCGAGAUGGGCGUUAUUGCCGGCGGUGGCAUCUUGCUUUGUGCCCUGGCCACGCUGACGGUGCUUCCCGCCAUGGUUGCCACCGUGGAUCGGGGGCGAAUUAACUGGAACCGCACCGAACCGGUGGCGGUGCAUCGUUGGGUCGAACCGAUCUUGCGAUUCCCGAAGAUCGUCCUCGGCGGCGGGCUGGCCUUCACCCUGCUUGUUUCGCUGGGUAUCUCGCAACUGUAUUACGACCACAACCUGCUGAACCUGCAGGCCGAAGGGCUCGAGAGCGUCGAGUUGGAACACAAGCUGCUGGAAGAAUGCAACCAGAGUGUGUGGUUCGCCCUGUCGAUUGCCGACAAUCGCGAAGAGCUGCUGGCCCGCAAGGAGAAGUUCCUACAGCUCGACACCGUCGAUCGCUGCGAAGAGAUCGUCUCGUUGCUGCCGGCGAAAGACAAUGUGAAGACGCCGACGAUCACUCGUAUUCGCAAACAGCUCGAUCAACUGCCCGAACGCCCUCCCCUGCUGGGAGUCGACCGUCCUGAGAACUUGGGCCUGGUUCUCUCCGAGGCGCAAGCCCUUUGCGAUCGCUUGCCCCAGGCCGACGACAUCGCCAACAACUUGGAGCAAGUUCGCGAUCAUCUGCGACGACUGCCGCUGUCGGAGUGCUAUUCGGUUCUCUCGCACUACCAACAGCAGCUCGCUGGCGACUUACUCAGCCGGCUGCAUGUAUUACGGGCGAUGGCCAACCCGGAACCUCCGAAGUUGGACGACCUGCCCGCCAGUUUGGUCGAUCGCUUUGUGGGCGAACACGGAAAACACCUGCUGAAGAUCUACGGCAAGGGCGACAUCUGGGAUAUGGAUGCCCUAUCAGGGUUCGUCGAAGACAUUCGUUCGAUCGACGCCCGUGUGACCGGCAAUCCGCUACAGGCCUACGAAGCCUCGCAAGAAAUGGUGGGCAGUUAUCAGCAGGCAUCGAUCUAUGCGGCCCUCGUCAUUCUGACCGUGCUGCUGAUCGACUUCCGCAGCAUCCCCAUGGCCCUGCUGGCGGCGGCCCCCAUCGGGCUUGGUGUGGCCCAGAUGUUCGGGCUGUUGGGACUGUUGUCGAUUCCGUUGAACCCCGCCAACUUGAUCGCGCUACCACUCAUCUUGGGAAUCGGCGUCGACUACGGGGUACACCUCAUUCAUGAGUUCCGUGAGCAGUCAGGGAAAUAUCGGCUAUCGGCCUCUACGGCCUUGGCACUCAUGGUCGAUGCGUUGACCACGAUUGUGGGCUUUGGGGCUUUGAUGAUUGCCAAUCACCAGGGGCUGCAGAGCCUGGGACGAAUUCUGACGAUUGGUGUGACCUGCUGCCUAUUCACCACCAUCUUGAUGCUGCCCGCCCUGCUCCGGGUACUAACUCGCAAUCGCGAGGAUGCCCCCGAAGAAGAGUUGCCCGGUGGCGACAAGCCGGAAACUCCCCGCCGCGUCGACCUAGGAGGCGACAAGCCGCACACGCGGACCGACCCGUCGCACGAGGGCUCGCGGCGGAUGGAGGUCGACACGAGAAUCCCGCAGACGCAGAUUCGGCAUCGCCGCAGCCCUCUGAUCGACUGA